AUGGGUAACGACGAAAAAAUUGACAUUCCAAAUUUUAACUUUGUGGCGAGUUUCAGAAGAAAUAAUCGUCCAGCAGGAGGAGUAGCUAUAUAUCAAAAUACCGCCACAGUUCAUUAUUGCACAAAUUAUAUGGAUGUGCAUGCCAAAUACGCCACGAUGUUUAACACUUCUACUUCUGAUAUCGGCGAUAUGUGUAUAAGUCGUUGCCACUGCGGCGAUAAUCAAUUCAUCAUUAUGGUUGCCGUUUACAUUUCUCCUAAUAAUUCAUUGCGUGCUAUACGAGACUUCUUUUAUGAAAAUUUAUUUAUUUAUUCUCAUGGCGCAUCUGCAUUACUUCACCAAAAAAUUGGAAAAAGAUUCGAUGAUUUGCCAAUGAUUUUGAGUGGGGAUUUCAAUAUAAACUUUGCAGACGAUAAAAAUCUACCAUUAUUUGAAUUUUUCAAAAAUGAAUUUGGUUUGAACAUGUCAAAUGAUCGCAAUCUUAGCACAACAAGAUCUACAAAACUACUAUUGAUGCGGUCUUUACAAGAGAUUUGA